AUGCGCAGGUCGUUGAGCAGUGCGGCGAGGAAGAGAGAUCGGAGUCCUCUGGAUAGUGGCAUGUACUCUACGCCAGAAGAGAGAAGUCCCCCUGUACGCUCACGAUACAAUGUCCACGACGCUCCACGUCCUACGAUUCAACAAAUCGCCAUGGGCCUACAUACCUCCCGCACUCCACAUCUACGGCAACCUCAUAACUCCAAUCCUCCGUCGCCACACCCUUCUGCCCCUCACAGUGCAUACCCAGGCGAGAACGAUUCGCGGCGUGCAUCUCGCUUUCUGAAGCCACCAUCGGCGAACUCACAUCGUCGAAGUGCCUCCACCUCUUCCACAAUACCAUUACCUCCGCCGCCUGCGCGUUCUGCACUGAAAAAACGAGGCACGCCUACGACGUCCCCUGGCGCAUCGGCUGUGCCGCUUACACCAUCCGUGUCAGACCUUUCUCUCAGCGAAUCUACGCUGACCUCCAAUGCACCCUCAACGCCUCGCUCGAAUAGGGGUUUCAGUGUAUCAAAGCUGCUCCGAGUUCCGAGCCGGAAAGGCUCAGGUGCAAGCUCGGAGCACUCGGACGACGAUUCGGUCUCUACGGAGCUGACGCCACGGAAAAUUGUGCGGUUCUCGACCUCGCCGACGGUGAGCGAGCCGGCGAUCGCGACUGCUACGCUUUCGUAG